AAGAGGUGGAGGUCAGAGGGAGCUGCUGGAGCUCCUUGUAUGUGUGUGUAUGUGUGUGUGUGUAGUUACCGUUUCCAUUUUACUAUGUGUGUGUCUUACAUUACAGCAAUGCUGCACAUCAGCGGCCAGAGAGAGGGGAGAGGGGAGGAAAAGCCUGUUUACACAGACUGCAAACCGCCUGGGGAAUAAUGCAGGAAAGGAAGUGAGCCGGCUCUCUGUCUGACUGCUCCAACUUCCUGCUCUCACACACACAUACACACCAACCAAAAAAAAAAAAAAAAAGAAAAAAACCAGGAUCUCAUUACAAGAGCAACAGAGCGCUUGCAGAAGACUGUCAGCAUGGAAAACCAGAGGAUUUUACCCAGCUCCCUUUAAACUACAAGGAGAGAUUGGAAAAGUCCACCAGGCUCUGGGUAUGGAGAGUGCAAUCACACUGUGGCAGUUCCUAUUGCAAAUGCUGCUGGAUCAGAAACACGAGCACCUGAUCUGUUGGACAUCCAACGAUGGGGAAUUCAAGCUACUCAAAGCAGAAGAGGUGGCCAAGCUGUGGGGACUCAGAAAAAACAAAACUAAUAUGAAUUAUGACAAGCUGAGCAGAGCUCUCCGAUACUAUUAUGACAAGAACAUCAUCAAGAAAGUGAUUGGACAGAAGUUUGUGUACAAGUUCGUCUCCUUUCCUGAGAUUUUGAAAAUGGAUCCUCAUGCUGUGGAAAUCAGCAGAGAGAGCCUCUUGCUGCAGGACAGCGAGUGUAAGAUGCUUUCCGAGGGCAGAGACCAGCACAAGCACAAUGUGUCAGCUCUGAAAAGCACAAGCCGUAAUGAAUAUAUCCAUUCUGGGCUGUACUCUUCUUUCACCAUCAACUCCCUGCAGAACCAGCCAGACACUCACAAGCCAAUCAAAACAGAAAAACUGGAGGAGAAGUCGGAAGGAAACACACCGGUGGAAGAAGUCAGGACUGUUAUAAGAUUUGUGACAAACAAAACAGACAAGCAAGUGAUGAGGCCCAUUGUGUCGUUGCCAUCGACGUCCGAAGCAGCAGCUGGCUCUGCUUUUCUCGCCUCUUCAGUAUCAGCUAAAAUAUCUUCUUUAAUGUUGCCUACCACAACCAGCAUUUCAUCUACUACUUCGCCGUCUUCAUCACGGUCUCCAUCUCUGUCUCCUCACUCACCCCUCCCUUCAGAUCACAGAAGCCUCUUUCUUGAGUCCAGUUGCCAUGACUCAGAUUCUCUUGAGCCUCUGAACCUUUCUUCAGGUUCCAAGACGAAAUUUCCAUCUCUUCCCCCAAAGGCUAAAAAACCCAAAGGCUUGGAAAUCUCAGCACCGCCCAUGGUUCUUUCCAGCACCGAUAUUGGUUCCAUCGCCCUCAACAGCCCAGCACUUCCUUCAGGAUCCCUGACUCCAGCGUUCUUCACUGCACAGACCCCAAAUGGAUUACUGUUGACCCCAAGUCCACUGCUGUCUAGCAUUCACUUUUGGAGCAGCCUUAGUCCUGUAGCUCCUUUGAGUCCUGCCAGGCUGCAAGGACCAAACACCUUGUUCCAGUUUCCAACUCUGCUAAAUGGUCACAUACCAGUACCAAUCCCCAGUUUGGAUGGGGCCUCUUCUCCAGUACUGCUUUCUCCAAAUGCUCAGAAAUCCUGAUGACGUCUCAUCACGUUAAGGACUCAUUAACAGAUUUAAUGCAUUCAUUCCCAUGGGUUAGUUUUUCCUGUGUCAUGAGAAGGACAUUGUGAAACCCUCCAUUUCUUUGGUUUGCACUUUUCAUUACAUGGAUCUACUUUUAUUAUGUUAGCAUUUUUAAACAGUGUUUUUAUAUAUAUAAAAAUCUGUUUUGCAUUAAGUGAACUAUAAUUGUGUUUUUCAUAGCUCUCAAGUGUUGAACACUGUUGUUGAUGAAGUACUUUUCUUAAUGGAUUUCAACAAUGUAUCUAAUAAGGAUGUGAAGCUUUUUUUAUCCCUUUUUUCUGCAUAUUAUGCAUUGUGCUUGUGUAAAGUAUAACCGGCUGUGCCUUCUUUUGCAUAAUAUUAUGCAAAUGAUUUAUAUAUUUUCUAGUAUUAAGAUAAAGGUUGAAAGACAUAACUAGUAUUGAACAGCCCUAUGUGUUUUUUUCCACAGAUAGGCCAUAAUGAUGCAGUGUAUUCAUGUAACUUUGUAUUAAGUGCUUCCAAAUUGUAUAAAAAAAUAACCGUAUGAUUUUUCUUUGCUAAACUGAAAGAACAUAGUAAAUGUUAUGUCCAGGAAAUGCAUUUAAGAAUAACUAAGCCAUAGCUAGAUAAAUGCUGAAGCCCACUUUCCCCUCUGACGUAACUCCAUUGACUUUCACAGAGUUACACCAGGGAGGGACUGGGCCCUGAACAGUCAUAAAAUGUUUUAAUGGUAUUUUGUAAAUGUGUCUGCAGAGAAAGAAGACUCACUCAAUACUUGUUAUUUUCAUAAAUUGCUUAUGAAUUGUUGGAAUAACAGCUGAAAAGACCCAUCAUGUACUUUCCAUCCUCCUGGCUGAUGUAGGAUUGUUCCCUCUGUUGGUUUUCCAAGUGCUUUGUCCCGUUGUUCCAAAUGUCUUUCAUUGCUUCCCUUGGAAGAAUAUUGCAGCUACUUAGCUGUCAGAAUAUGAGGCUUUCCCCAGAGCUGCAGAAUUUGUUGACCUUUAAAUUAACACCUUGUGCUUGUAAAGAGCCCUACCAUAUUCAUGGGAUUGUACAUGUGGAAACAUCAAGUAUCUGAGAAUUGUGGAUUUGUAAGUAAUGCUGCAUCGCUAUCUGUAUACAACCUAAAGAUAAAUGUAUUAAGCAUGCACUCUAGCUUGAGGUGGUGGUGGCUUAGUCAUCUCAAAGUGCCAGGUUAGAAAUACCUAGACUCCAUGGCACCACAGAUUCCAAACUUGGCAGGGCUGACACAACCCUUGUCUUUUAAGGUAGAUAAAUUGGGUUGUGUGCAGUAUCCUGUGUGGAUCUCUCAGAUGAGAUCUUUAAAACACAACAAAAUACUCAAAUGAGGAUCUUCUUUGUUACAGCUGGUCAAUAAAGAUCCCACUGCACUUUUUGUGUGACUAGUGGGUUUUGCCCAUGUAACUGGCAAAACUCCUCUUUCUUGAAUUGUAUGAAGUGAGCUGUGUGCCAGUUGUCUGCCUGGAUGCAUUUCAGUGGUGAUGCAUGUGUUUAGUUGUAAAGUGGUUUGCAAUCCUUCAAGAUGAAAGGUGCUAAAUAAACAUUUUAUUAGUAAAGUUCUGAUAUUUAAAGGCCAUUUUUGGGGGCGAGGGAGUGUGAUGAGAGCAAGCUUCUUCCUGAGGCUCCAUGGUCUUGCAACCCAAAAUGACUCCUGCAUUUUAUUGACCUGAAGAGCUCUGUGUGGCUCGAAAGCUUGUCUCUUGAACCAACAGAAGUUGGUCCAAUAAAAUA